CUCAUCUUGGUUGAAGACCAUUCAACCAGCUGUAAUUAUCUGUUAGUCACCAUUCUAGAGAUAUGGCUAAUUACUUUUAAUUAAAAGUAAUAUUUGAUACAGCUCUUCUAUCUGUGCUGGGAAUUGUUUUAAACUUAUUAUAUGCUUACCACCAAUUUUCUGCAAUACAGCUUAGGGAGGAGGAAUUUGCACUGCACUGGUCGAUAGCAACAGGUCUUAAGAGUAUUAAGGAUGAAAUUCUCAAGAGUCUUUAUGUCAUGGAUGGAAAUGGAAUCAUUACUGUAUUUUUGAACUCCUGCUAACGUCAUUGGCACCCACCUACAGCCCACUAGAAAUAUAAGUGCAGAGAUCAGUUUGUUCACAGAUUACAAGGAGACUAACCAAGAAGGGGCAAGCCAGAGCCAAAUUCACUGAUAGUCUGUUCAUCUCUUCAACAUGUGGAAAGUGGUGCUCCUGGGUCUAUAUACGGUGUUGGCUGUGAGAGGAUUGGCAAAGGGUGCUCCUUUCCAACCAGAAGAAAAAUGGAAACCUCUGGACAACCCUAGAAACAGAGACCUGUUUUUCAGAACGCUCCAGGCUUAUUUUUCGGGCAGGGGUCUUGAUCUCAGAAAGUUCCCAGCUACUUUCACUAUGAACAAUGAAGGACCAAGGCCUGUCAUGUUCUACUCAGAUCCUAUUGCUUCUGCAUUUGCAGAUUAUGAAGAAAGGAAAAAUUCUUUUCCAAAUUAUUUCAAAGGCUGAAAGAUGCUGCUGACCAAGGCAUUAACUUUUGAACUUCAUGCGAAGUGGUAACCUUCACAGCAAAAUAUUACUGCUUUGACUUCGUAACAGUUACCUGACAAUUUAAAAUUUUCCUCGCUAUCACAGUUUUCGCCUAUGGAAUAUCAUAUCAUGCUGUAAUUAGCACAUUUGCUGUCUAUUGACAAACGCGUUAUGUUUGGCUACUGCAGUUUGCCUAGCAGAAUUGUGUUUGUUUGAGCGUGAAUAAAUGAGGAGUGCA